UCACAUUUGAUGAGUUUAGAUCAUUUUUCCAAUUCUUGAACAACCUAGAAGACUUUACGAUUGCAAUGCAAAUGUAUAAUUUUGCAAGUCGUUCCAUAGGUCAAGAUGAAUUCAAACGUGCUGUGUAUGUAGCCACAGGUGUGAAACUUUCACCGCAUUUGGUGAACACAGUGUUCAAGAUUUUUGAUGUCGACAGAGAUGACCAGUUGAGUUAUAAAGAAUUUAUCGGCAUUAUGAAAGACAGACUCAAUCGAGGGUUUAGGGGCUACAAACCUAUACAGAGGUAUACUACUUUCAAAUCCUGCGUGAGGAAGGAACUCUAUAGCAGAUAAAUGACGGAGACUCCAAGGUAUGGUUGGAAGGAAUAUUACUCUUGUGUGAUGACUGUAACCAGUGAACAUCUCAGAGAUCUGUGGAAGCAAUUUCGGAGACGAGAUAUGCUGAGGUGAAGGAAGUAAGAUUAUCUACUCUGGCUAGAACUCUGUUUAUUCCUAUGAAUUCUUAAUGAAGAACAAACUAACCCAAGUGAAUCAUGAAUCUUCCAGCUGCAGUAGAAAACACAGGACUUCUUUUUCACUUAAUGAAGUGAUCAUCAACUCUUACAACCGCUUUGAAGUAUGUAUUUUAUUUAAAUGACAAACUAUCACCUGAUUGUCAGAAGUCUUUUUUUUAAGAAUACAUUUUAAUAUUAUUUUUUAUUAUUUUGAUAUAUGUUUGUCAUUUAAAAGAAAAUAAACAUAAGUUUUACCCUUGGGUAGGCAAACGUUUUGACAAUGAAGAGAAACUGUCCGACAUGAGCUUAGACUGUGAAUUUGCUUUCAGAAAAGUACUAUUAAAAGUUUGUGCUAAAUUGAGAAUGAGAAUACGCUAAGUAGUAUAACAAUUAUAUACGAGUUGAAUGUACAUAUUAAAUUCUGAGAAGCUAACAAAGCUGUUACUUUAAAAAGAGUAAAGCUGUUACGGUUAUAAUGUGAAUGAUAGGUAUUUGCCUA